AUGCGAUGGAGGUACUUAAGUCAUGCUAUAAGAAAGUAUUCAAAAGACGUCAACAGAUUUCAAGUCGGCAUUGUAGGUGCUGGCCCUGCAGGGUUUUACUGUGCACAACAAUUACUAAAAAAAAUUCCUGGCUGUCAGAUUGAUAUAUAUGAAAGAUUGCCAGUUCCAUUUGGACUUGUACGUUAUGGUGUAGCUCCUGAUCAUCCAGAAGUAAAAAAUGUUAUAAACACAUUUACUAAAACUGCGUCAAAUGAAAAUAUACGAUUUAUAGGAAAUGUCUCACUUGGCUGUCAUAUUACGUUGGCCCAACUUAAACAUUCAUAUAAUGCCGUAGUAUUAGCUUAUGGAGCUGACGAAGACAGAAAAUUAAAUAUUGUUGGUGAAAAUUUAUCCAAUGUUGUGUCAGCUACAAAAUUUAUAGGAUGGUAUAAUGGUUUGCCAGCAGAUAAAAAUAUUAAAGUAGAUUUGGAUGUUGAACAUGCUGUUAUUGUAGGACAAGGAAAUGUUGCUUUGGAUGUUGCUAGAAUAUUAUUAACACCUGUUGAUGAACUUAGAAAAACGGACAUCACAGAAUAUAGUUUAGAGGCUUUGACACAAAGUAAAGUGAAAAAAGUCACUCUUGUGGGUCGAAGAGGUCCAUUACAAGUAGCAUUUACAAUUAAAGAAUUAAGAGAAAUGUUAAAAUUACCUGGAGUGAGCACACAUUUUUUUGAAGACCAAAUGAAUGAUAUAGAUAAAGUCAUUAAUGAUUUACCAAGACCUCGUAAACGGUUAAUACAACUUAUGCACGAUGCAUCACAAAAAACAGAAGUUCGAAAUAAAUUGUUUGAUAUAUUGUUCCUGAGAACACCUAUCUCAUUAUUAGGUACAUCAAAAAUAGAAGGAAUCGAACUGGCUGUAAACUAUUUAGAAGGAAAUAGAGCAGUGGUUACAGAUGAAAAGUAUACAUUAAAAUGUGAAUUGGCUUUUCGUAGUAUUGGAUAUCGAAGUGUUCAAGCAGAUCCUGAAAUACCUUUUGAUAAAAUGUCUUCAACAGUACCUCAAAGUACAGGUGUUUAUAGUGUUGGUUGGUUGUCUUCGGGACCCGUGGGAGUAAUAUUGUCGACUAUGAGUAAUGCUUUUCAAACAGCUACGUUAAUCGGUCAACAUUUUGAUGAAGGCUUGCUUGGUGAGCGAAAGCCAGGGUAUGAUUACAUUUCAAAAGUAUUAAAAGAUAAAGACAUAAUUACUGUCGAUUGGAAUGGGUGGAUGAAAAUCGACAAAGUCGAAGUGGAAAGAGGAAUGAAACAUGGUAAACCUAGAGAAAAAAUUGUCGAUGUUGACGAAAUGUUACAAAUUGGAGGAAUACUAAAAUAA